GCAAGACACCCUCGACAUGGAGAUGGUUUGAUGACCGAUGAUAUUGUAUCUGUAUCCGUAGAAGUUGCGAUGACAGAGUGGAUACGGACACAGAAUGUUGGAAUUAAAGCGGCUAGCGCGUUUCGUGGGGAGCUCCACAAGUUUACUCCGUUCUCCACUCGAGGAUCCGCAUCGCCUCUGGUCAAUUUUGUUUCUACAGCACGUGUAUUGUUUCUGGCAGGGUCUGGAGCAAACCGGGUCGCCCUCCACCAGAUGCUACCUCAGAUGCUGCCUAGAGACCAACCACUGCUCCUGGAAUAAUUGUAGAAUUCACGAAAUUAGUUUCAUAUACCCUUUAAGACCCGACGCCGUGCCUUUCUGGUGUCCGGUAGACCGUAGUGUACCUAAAGCCCAGAAGGUUGAUCAAUAUAGUGAGCUCUUAGCAUCUUCCAGGAGCAAUUGCAUACAGCACGCACUUUUGCGACUGACGGGAGAUCUACAACGCCCAGACGGUGACGUCAUUGUUACGAUGUGACUGCUGAAUUACGGACACAGAUGGCGAAAACACAACUGUCGCAACUCUCAGUUGGACAUUUAAUCGUUAUAUUUCUCCUUGGCUUGCACUUCCAGUCCCGUGUAAGAACAAUGGAAAAUGGAAGCCGCCAUGCAUACAAAGGACCGGUACGCCGCGUCCAAAGUGGCCGGCGACGAGCGCAGCGCCAAGAGCACCAUCCUUGAGACCGGCGCAGCAUUGACACAGGCAAGCCGGGUCCUCAGCUGUGUAAACGGCCAACAAAUAACAAA